CAGCGGGGCUGAGCGUCCCCCUCACCGCAGAACUACAACUCCCAGCGUGCUCCGCGGCCGCCGCCGUGUUGUGUGUCCGCUGGGAGGCGGCGAGGAUGGUGACAGCGGGAGGAUGGAGUCCGUUUUAUCCAAGUAUGAAAACCAGACCACUGUCUUAUCGGAAUACCUAGAAGAAUUUCCAGAAACAGAUGGGUCAGUGUGGAUCUUGGGAAGGCAAUACCACCUUAAGACAGGCAAAUCUAAAUUAUUGUUGGAUAUAAGUGCUCGUCUGUGGUUUACAUACAGAAAAAAAUUUUCACCAAUUGGAGGCACGGGCCCUUCAUCCGAUACUGGCUGGGGAUGCAUGCUGCGAUGUGGACAGAUGAUGCUGGCACAGGCUCUGACUUGCAGGCAUUUAGGAAGGGAUUGGCUUUGGGAGAGACACAAAAAACAACCUGAGGAAUAUCACAAGAUCUUGCGAUGCUUCAUAGACAGAAAAGAUUGCUGUUAUUCUAUCCAUCAAAUGGCACAGAUGGGUGUAGGAGAGGGGAAGUCGAUUGGAGAAUGGUUUGGACCAAAUACAGUUGCACAAGUGCUAAAAAAGCUUGCUUUAUUUGAUGAAUGGAAUUCUUUAGCAGUUUAUGUAUCUAUGGACAAUACUGUGGUCAUUGAAGACAUCAAGAAAAUGUGUUGGUCCCCUCCUCAGAGCAGCAGUGCUGCACGUGGCACCAUGCUCUCACACAGAAGUGCUCUCAGUCAAAACAAGAACACAGCAGGGUUUUGCUCAGGCUGGAAACCUCUCUUGCUCAUUAUACCUCUACGACUGGGGAUAAAUCACAUCAAUCCGAUUUAUAUUGAUGCUUUUAAAGAAUGUUUUAAGAUGCCACAGUCUUUGGGGGCAUUAGGAGGGAAACCAAAUAAUGCCUACUAUUUCAUAGGAUUUUUAGGAAACGAGCUCAUCUAUUUGGACCCUCACACCACUCAGAUUUUUGUAGAUUUGGAGGAAAACGGUAUGGUUGAUGACCAGAGCUUCCAUUGUCAGCAGGCCCCACAUCGAAUGAAGAUCAUGAAUUUGGAUCCCUCCGUAGCAUUAGGCUUCUUUUGUAAAGAAGAAAAAGACUUUGAUAACUGGUGUAGUCUUGUACAAAAGGAGAUUCUGAAGCAGCAGGGUCUUCGGAUGUUUGAGUUAGUUCAAAAUCAUCCAGCCCAUUGGCCUCCUUUCAUACCUCCAGCAAAACCAGAAGUGACGACGUCAGGAGCAGAACUUAUUGAAUCUACCGAUAAACUGCUUGAAUUGGAAGAAGAAUUUGAAAUCCUGAGUGUAUGAAGGAAGCUAUGGUGAUUUUUCUGUGUUGAACAUAUUGCAUUGACUUCAGACAAACAGCCAUUCUAGCCCACAAGUGCCUGAAAUUAUGGACAACAGAGCACAAAACCAUAGCAGCACCCAAAACUCAGACAGUGACAGUUUAACAAGAUCUUCCCUGGGUGGAAAGAGCAGCAAAGAUCCCAUUGGCAGACACGUAAAGGGAAUUUCUGCUUCCAGCAUGCAUCUUAUUUGAAGACAAAUGGACCUUUUGAGAUGAAGGCAAAAACAAUAUAUUAAAGUAAAGACUAUGGUAUAUCACUGGGCUCUACCUUUGAAGAAAGGGAUGACUCAAAUGGAUAUUCUUGCUCUCUUAUGCAAUUGUGUAGUCCUUUAAAAAAAGCAAAAUGGCGUUGAGUUAAGGGAGGAUGUUUACUUCUGUUCCCUCCUGUGGGCUGCAUCAUAGGAAUAAAUUCAUCAUCUUGUUUAAAAGAUCAACUGGAUCAGGAGAAAAUUGUUUCCUUGUUAAAUAUUUUAACAUGUAUUUGAGCAACCACACUUUUUAUUACAAAAAUGUUUCUGUAAAAGGAACUAUGUCUAAUGUAUACAUUUGGAACAGCCUUCCUGUUUCUGGGAGACCUAAAACAAACAGGAGACUCAAUUCGUUGAUAUAGAUCACGAUCACUGCUAUAGUUACGACCUAUUUCACCUUGACCUUAAAACUUAGGUUGAUGAUUUUUGUUAAAACAAGAAGUCAAAGGUGGUUUUUUUUAAACUGUAUCUUAUUUAUUUUAAAAUAGAUUUAUUUACACAAGUUUCUCUGUAACAGCACUUUAUCUGUGCAUCUAAUAAAUUUCUUAAGCUUUUCAUAGGCUACUUGCUAUAGUUUGUGAAUUUGCUUGCACAGACCAUAAAUAUAAAACAAAAAGUUAUCCCAAACUGAUGAUACACAAAUUAUUUAAGGUCCCUGAUUCUGCCUUGUUACCUUAUCAAUUCUAUUUUGGUAAAAGUACCUUAGAUAUACAAGUCCCUAGCAGAGUUAUGUAGUUAGAUAUUUAUUUAAACUGAGGAUAUCUCUAGUAGCUUUGAGAACAAGGGUUCAGAAAUAUCAAGCCCUUACUGUGCACAAGGGCUUUUAAUGAAUUCAUGAGUCGCAUUUUAUGUUUCCUAAAAACACAAUUCCCAUCUGGAUGAGGCCUGGUAUGGUGCAGUUAACAUGAAAAUCUCCCAAUUUCAUUCUUCACAAAUAGAUGAGAAUACUGGGCCUAAGCAGGAGAUGUGCCGAGUACUUGCAAAACCCAAGUGAAAUGAGAUGCUGGUGCUUAGCAUCUGCAGAACAGGAAAACAUGACUUUCAAACAAAAAUAAUUACCCAGACCAACAGUUAAUGUCUUGUUUGCCUUUAUUAACCACAGUUUGGAAACUGAACAUUAACAAAAGGAGAUGUCACCGCACGCUGUUUUAAAAAACAACAACUGUGAUGUCUCCCCAACUAGUAUUCAUUUAAGACCAUAACUAUGCUUGGUGCCUUCCAGACAAAAGUGAAAAUGCAGCCCCUGCUGUGAAAAGCGUACAUUCUAAAGGAUGACAUCUACACAGAAAAGGGAAGUACCCGCUAGAUGACUGAGCAAUGAAGCUAGGCAUAUAUCAUCCUCAGUCCAUUCUUUUUUUUUUUAUUGCCCUCCUGUUAUCUUUCAUUACGUAAACACAACUCAGAGGUGAAAUCUGAAGUUGACACUUUUCCAGGAAGCCUGUAGUGAGCAGCAGCUGGAAGGAGAGGGGGUAAAUACAGGGUUGAUUGGAAGAAGGUCUGGAGAUAGGAGUGGAAGAAGAUCAGACUGUGGCCCUGAUCUUGCAAAGACAUGCUUGUGCUUAACAUUACCCAUCAGGGUGAAAUCCUGGCCCUACUGAAGUCAAUGGAAGUUCUGUCACUGAAAGCAAUGAGAUUACACACAGUGCAUAAAGCUAAACAAGUACAUAGACCCUGCUCCUGAAAAGACAUAUGUGUAUUUCAGUCAUGUGCAUCCAGAGCAGAACCCGCUUUUCCUCACCCCUCCCCUCAACAUCCAAACAAAUAAGCUGGUACCAGACCUGGUGCUUCUCCUGCUGGCACCUAAUGAGUAGAAUGGGUGACAAAUAAAAAUGUUUUCCACAAAUAUUUGAUCAAAUUUUUAAAACAAACUGGAGUUAUUUGAGUUUUACUGACACCACUAUUUGCAGAAAGUGAAAUUCAAAGUCAAAUACCAUGCGAAUUAUCGGAGCCCUCCCAACUAAAACACAGCUCAGGUAUCUGACAUGGAUGCAUCAUCAAACUAUGGAGUGAAAAAACAAGAUGUUUGUUGAAUAAUUCAAAGUUGUGAUUGAUAUUUUGCAAGCAGAAAGAGGCUACAUCAAAGAAUAAAUUGUUGACUGCAAGUUAUUGGCUCAGCUCCAAUUGGGCUCAACCAUGCAAGGGUCUUGAGUACCCUGACCACGAUCCAGCAAAACUCUUAAGCUUGUGAGUAGUCCGAUUGAAAUCAAUGAGCCUACCUGUGUUUUUAAAUUCAACCACGUGCUUUAGUGGAUCAAGGUCAGAGUUCUAAGUACCCUGCUAGACUAAAUCAAUAAUAAAGAAGAGUGAUUAAGUCUUUGUCCUGGUUCAGUAGCAACUUUCUGUAGAGUUUUGUCUUUCAAUUAAAAAAAAAAAGGAAUUUACAAGGCCCUCACUUCAGAUCCUCUAAAAUGCUGAUACCUCUGGGUAUCGCCAACCUCACUGUAGAAAGAAGCUGAAAUUAAUAGCUUUAGCCUUAGUUAAUUCUCAACAUGGACAUAUUGUAUUUAUGGCUUUCCCUUAGACUAUACAGGAAAAUAGAAAUUGAGUACUACUGAUUGUAAUUAUAACCUGAAGGAACUGUGUGACUAUUUAACAGUGCAUUAGAAAUACAGUAAUGUGUUUUUUAACUAGUAGAAAUAAAGCCCAGUGGAUGAGGAAUACAAUACAGGUGAUUUUAGCUGUAAAAAAAAAUGUACAUCCAACAACUGCUUGUUUCUGUGUUUCCAUAACCUUGAAUGCUAAAUAAUAAGGCUUCUACAUUUUAAAAUAUACACAAUUUGAAUACUUACAAAAAAAACUGUUCCAAAGCUACCUCGGAAAGAUGAUUUCAUACGUACUGUAAUAGACCCAGGCCAGUUAGGUACAGCAGAUUAGUAGAAUGCAGAUAUACUGGCCACUGGAUAAGCAGUUUUCUGUUCCCUGACUGACCAGAGCGGGGGCUGCUCCAGGCUAGGGUGGAUGCCUGACUCUAAUUAACCAGGUGAGGCUGUUAAGCUAAUGUGAACACCUGACUCUAAUUAAGGCCCCUCUGAUACUGUAAAUGGGCUCACUACCAUCAGGC